CACCACCUCUGGACAAACGUCCAACACCUUCGACUUUGUCGCAACACCGUUUGUCGGCGCGAAUCUCCUUCUAGACUUCCUCCUUUCUACUUUUGCGAUUCAUAGAAUUGUCUUGUGUUAAUAGCGACUACUUCUAAUACUUUACCACCUCGUGGCCGCGCUCUGACGACCUCCGAGCUUCAUCGCCCCGGCCUGAUCUCCGCCCCGACCUCACGCCCGACCUCGCCAGAGCUUGGAACGCGACGUUGGACUGCCGCCACCACCGGUCAACGCCCACCCGUGACUGAAAUAAGUCAUCGACCCUCGACUGGACCCUCCUCAGACCUCGACGGUCUCGCACAAUCACUUGCGACACACUCAUGCGACGCCGAUAAGGCCGACUUUCCGUCGCAAACAUAAUUGACAAGAGCUCUUUGGAGGCAGCAGCUUCUUGGCUUUCAGUGCGACGUCGCUGGAGCCUUGCGCGCCAACAACAUGCAGAGCAUCUUCCGUUUGCCCUGGUGCAGCGAGCACCAACUCAAGCUGUCUGAGAAGGCGAGCCUCGACAAGAUGCGGCCCAUGGUAGAAAUACCGGUGCUGCAAGACUUGAAGAGAAAGCGCUCAGAUGGCCCCGACGCGGUCUCUGCCGGACAAACGAUGCCCAUCUCGAAGAAGCAACAAAUGGACUUUGUACGACAAUUCUCGCCGACCACCACUUCACUUCAGGCUCCUGCACAGAAUCCACUCAACUCUUCGACUCGAUUCGCUUCUACUCCACUCCUGCCAAAACCAGUGGCUGCUCCUGCGACUGACGCCGAACUCGCGACUUCCGCACCCGAAAACAAGCAGCUCAGCCACCCAGCCGCUACGCAACCACCCGCAACCCUGCCAACUCCAGCUACUUCCACGACACCGCUAUCGAUUAAGGAGACCACGCCUAUCAUUAUGGAAGCACCGGUCGACAAAGCUGCCCAGCUCUCAAAGGCCCAGGUGAUCAUCGAGACCGAACUCAAUAUGCAGAUCCUCAUGAAGCAUAACGAGCUGCGCUUGAUCGAGCAAGAACUGGCCAAGUGCCAGAUUGCGCUCGAGCAACUGAGGCGAUGCGAGCUGCGACCUUAUCCUGGCACUGAGAAGCCUUCACUGGCGGUCUCGGAGGGUAAAGGCCCAGCUAUCGCCACUCUUCCCGGACACUCUGUUCCUUCGCAUCCUGCGCCGUACGGUGUCACAGAUGGCCCUUACUCGAAGCACUAUGCGCAGUGGCUGCUGCGUGAUCCUCAGUUUGACUCGGUCUCACCUGAGGCACUUGCUCUGGCUGAAACACGUGUCCAAGCCUCUGGUCGGCCCGUUCGCAACAGCACUAGCAGCUUCCAUGCUCCUCGAAAGUCCGCUAGUAAGACUCUUGGCACCUCGACCAGAUCUUCGGAAUCUCUCCACAGUCUGCCCAACUACCCUGCCGCGCCAGUCAAGGACAAGUCGCAGCCGCUUGUGCUUACUCGCUCGACUGACGGCCAACUGGUCAAGCUCAUUUGCAAGAACUGCCACCGUGGUAAUUUCAGCAGCAUUCAAGGAUUCCUCAAUCACUGCCGUAUAGCACACAAGGUUGACUACAAGUCGCACGAUCAAGCUGCAAUCGACUGUGGGCAAUUACUGGAUGCGGAAGAGAAGGCGAAUGUGCCACCUGAGACUUUGAAGACCCACGCUCCGAAGCCAAGUGUUAGCAGGGUGUCGGCAUCGUCAGCUUCAACUCCUGCCAAGGUUCAGCCCAUCGCAAAUGGUCUUGUACAUCCGUACAUCUCGCACUCUCCCUCGUCCCGUCCAAAUGGAGCGGCAAAUGCGAAGGCUGUGCCGAAUCUCAAAACUCCGGUCCCAUCAUCUCACAAAUCGGCAUCAUUCAAGGCAUCUGGUCAAACCCCCAUGCUAUCGUCCCUAUUCCAGAAGCAUAACAUGAAGGUUGAUCUUGAUCAAGCAGUUGCAGACGCAAAGGAAAAGGUGGAUCUCAACGCCGAUGUUGAGUUGUUGUCUCCAGACACAAUCUCCGACCCGAAUUCGCCGGCCACGCCCUUCGGUCCCGGUGCACGCAUGCCGAUGGGCAACCAUGGCUAUUUCGGGCAACAGCAAGGUCGCAAAGGCUUCGGCAGCAACACACAGCGUCCACGUCCUGCACCGAUUGCGCCGGCGCCAGCUCGCGACUUCCACUUGCACAGCCAAUUGUCGUCGCCGCAGGACCUUACUUCCGCCACUCUGAGCCCGAACACGGCGGACAGCAACCCUGGCAUGGUUAGCGAUCACGAGGAUGACGAUCACUCGAUAUCCGAGGAGGAUGCGCCGCAGAUUGAGAUGCCUGAUGUGAGACCACCAAUGGAGACUGUCGGCCGCACUUGCGGAGACCAGAUGGAACUCGAUAUUGUCGAUGAUGUGGAAAUGGGUGAACGUGGUGUCAUGAUUAGGAGGAAUAGUAUGCCUGGUAACGAUUUGCACGGUUUCAGGCCUGCUGGGAGCCCAUCGCGGAAGAUGGGUGGUAACUAAGAAUGAAGACAUGGCUUUCUGGAAUGUCUGGUGUUACGAUAUACAUGUCGGAAAUGGUGUGCGUCGUGUGCUGCGACUUGUGUGUGUGUGAUAUAUAUGAUAGAGGACUCUUUUGGGGCUCGCUUUGCUGCGUAGCUUUUCAAACCUCGCUCUCAGUCUGGACGGAUAGCUAGAUGCUUGAUGGACGGAAAUGAAACAACUCUACCCUCUGC